AUGAAUAAAUCAAUUUUUUUAUUAUUCACUUUAAUUAGUUUUGUAUUUUCUCAACAAUUAUUUGAAAUUAAUUAUUAUCAAUAUGAAGAAGGCCAAUGUGAUGGAAGCCAAGAUGGUAGUGGAUCUUUAGAAGCUUGUGGCCACCCAAGUAAUAUUGUAAGCACAGCAUAUGCCAAAUUUGAAGAAUGUUUACUUUUCAAUGGUGGUUUCUCAAGAUUAAGUUUAGUUUCUUCAAAUACAGUAAACUAUACAGUAUUUUAUCAUGGUUGUGAUGAAGGAGUACAACAAAGUGAAAUUAUAGAAAUUGGAUCAUGCUAUGCAAAUUGUCAAGAUGCAGCUGCUCAAAAUUCAUUUUCAAUCUCAAUUAUUGAUGAAUCAUCAGUUGUAAUUCCAAAUUCAAAUUCUUUUGCAACUAUUUAUUAUGGUGGAGAUUGUAAUGGUGAUUGGAAAUCCAAUUAUACUUUUAUUGAAUUUAUGAAUACUAAUAUAUGUGUAAAUGAAGGUGUUUAUGGUUCGUUAAUGUUAAAGUGCAAUCCAAUUAUAAACCAACUCACUAUUCAUUCUUAUGAUACACAAAAUUGUGAAGAUCAAUUAUCAGCAACUGAAGUUCCAUUGUCACUAGAAAACUGCAACUAUUUUAAUGAUGACAUGAAUAUGGCAUUAUAUUGCAAUUAA